UCAAUCAAAUUGAGCUCUAGAAAUUUUGUGGGGAGAAAAGGGAUGAAACUUCAGUUGAUCUUUUUAGCUGCAGCGAUUCUAACCCUAAUUUCUUCUGGGAUUGGGAUCGAAGCUGGAUCGUCGGAGGAGGACUAUAUUCGGCCUAAGCCUCGCAAAGCCCUAAGCUUUCCAUGGAAGCCCAAGCAUUCUUCUGAGCCACAACAGGUUCACAUUUCAUUGGCUGGAGAAAAACACAUGAGAAUCACAUGGAUAACUGAUGACACAUCCUCUCCUUCAAUUGUUGAAUAUGGAACUUCACAUGGAAAAUACACAUCGUCUUCUCAAGGAGAAAGCACAUCCUACAGCUACUUAAUGUACUCUUCAGGUACUAUACACCAUGUAGUUAUCGGACCCCUUGAAGAUGACACAGUUUAUUUCUACCGAUGUGGAGGGCAGGAUCCUGAGUUCCAAUUGAAGACGCCUCCUUCUCGGUUUCCUGUAACUUUUGCAGUAGCUGGUGAUCUCGGUCAAACUGAGUGGACAAAAACCACUCUAGAUCACAUAGGACAAUGCAAAUACGAUUUACAUCUGAUUCCUGGUGACCUUUCAUACGCUGAUUACCAACAACACCUUUGGGAUUCUUUUGGUGCGCUGGUGCAGCCGCUUGCCAGUGCAAGGGCAUGGAUGACGACAGAAGGAAAUCAUGAGAAGGAGAAGAUCUUUCUUCUGAAGUCUGGGUUUCAAGCGUAUAAUGCAAGGUGGAAGAUGCCUUAUGAAGAGAGUGGAUCUAGUUCAAACUUGUACUACUCUUUUGAAGUGGCGGGGGUUCAUGUUAUCAUGCUUGGUUCUUAUACAGAUUACGAUGAGUACUCGGAGCAGUAUGCUUGGCUAAAGGAGGAUCUUGCUAAGGUUGACAGAGAAAGGACACCAUGGCUGCUGGUAUUGUUACAUGCUCCAUGGUACAAUAGCAAUUGGGCACACCAAGGUGAAGGUAAUAGAAUGAAGGCUUCAAUGGAGCCCUUGCUUUAUGCUGCUGGUGUAGAUAUUCUCCUCGCGGGCCAUGUUCAUGCUUAUGAACGCUCGGAACGUGUCUAUAAUGAUAUAUUGGAUCCUUGUGGUGCUGUACACAUAACCAUCGGUGACGGAGGCAAUAGAGAAGGAUUGGCUCAUUGGUAUCGAAACCCAAAGCCACAGUGGUCAAUCUUUCGUGAAGCGAGCUUUGGCCAUGGCGAGUUGAAGAUUGUUAAUGAAACACAUGCAUUUUGGAGCUGGCACAGAAAUGACGACGAUGAACCAGUGAAAUCUGAUCAGGUUUGGAUCAACUCAUUGGUCGGUAAUGGAUGCAUUGUUGGGAAGAAGCAUGAGCUCAGGAAAAUCCUGGCGGUGCUCUAGUAUAAGUGAGAACCACAAAUAUCAUUAGAGUGGUCCUCUAGUUUGCUAUCUGUUGUAAAUAUUACUGUGGUGUAAGAGAGUAAUGCAGUGUACCCUCUCUGCCUCCUUAAAUACGUGAAAUUCAGUCUGAUGUGUAUAUUAAAAUUUAAAAUGUAAAUUUGCGAGCUUGACUUAUGAUGUAUCUAAAUCAAACCAAACUUUAACUGA